AUGUCUCUCGCAGAUUGCCUCAAGGCCGUCUGUGACGGCCGCAGCGACUGUGUCGCAUUCCCAACCAUCUGGUUCUACCAGUUAGACUGGGUCAAGCCCUACAACCUCGAUCUCCCCGUCGUACCUGCCGCUGUCAUCCGCCCCGACAAUGCUAAGGAUGUAGCUGGAGCCGUCAAUAACUUCGGCACGGGAGGCGAGGAUGGAGCCGUCAUGGUGGAUCUGGUCAACCUGCAAGACUUCAAGAUGAACGAGGAUACCUGGGAGGCAAGCUUCGGGUCCGGAUUCCGACUGGGAGAACUAGAUAAGCACCUUCACGAGAAUGGCGGGCGUGCAAUGGCGCAUGGCACUUGUCCGAGCGUAGGGAUCGGAGGACAUGCGACCAUCGGCGGGCUUGGCCCCAUGUCGCGCAUGUGGGGAAGCGCUCUCGAUCACGUAGAAGAGGUAGAGCUGGUCACCGCGGACGGUGACAUCGUACGAGCAAGCUACACCGAGAACGCAGAUCUCUUCUUCGGAAUCAAAGGCGCCGGUAGCAGCUUCGGCAUCGUCACUGAGUUCAAGAUCCACACGCAUACGGAGCCUGGCAAGGUCGUCGAGUAUACCUACAGUAUCACCUUUGGCUCACCGGAAGAGAUGGCAGAUGUAUUCGAAGACUGGCAAGCACUUGCGGGCGACCCUGACCUUGAUCGACGCUUUUCUACUCUGUUCAUAGUCCAUCCGUUGGGCGCUCUCGUGACGGGGACGUUCUACGGCACUGCAGAAGAAUACGAGGAGACGGGUAUAGCCGGCAGGCUGCCUGGCGGUGGUGAUCUGAACUUCCAGCUCGUUGGCUGGGUGGGCUCGCUGGCACAUCAGGCCGAGCUCGGCGGUCUACAAAUUGCGCAUACACCAACGGCCUUUACUAGCCGCUCGCUUGCCUUUAGAGAGAGCGAUCUGCUGAACAACGAUGCAAUAGGCGAAAUUUUCAAGUAUGUUGAGGAUGCAGACAAAGGCACCCUUGCCUGGGUGAUCAUGUGGAACUCAGAAGGUGGCGCCAUGGGCGACUUUAUUGAAGGAAACUCCUAUCCCCACCGCGACAAAGUCAUCAUGUACCAAUCCUACGUCGUCGGCUUCCCCUCGAUCACAAGUGCUACGCAUGGCUUUGUGGACGGACUGCAGGAGAGGAUACAAGAGGGCGCCCCGAACGCUAACUCGACAUAUGCCGGCUACAUCGACCCCACGCUCACCCGGGAGGAGGCGAACGAAUUCUACUGGGGAGAGCAUCUCACGAGGUUGCGUGAGAUCAAGGCAAAGUGGGAUCCGAAGAAUGUCUUUCGUAACCCUCAGAGCAUCGAGCCGGCAGGGUAG